UGCUGAAUAGCCAGAAGAGGCCAGAAGGGAGAAAUACACAUAAACCUAGAAUAGAAGAAAUAAUGAAUACGUAACACAAUUUACAGAACGUCAAUAUGGAUGUGCACAAUAAUUAUACAUAUGUUACAACAAAAUCAAAAUGAAUAAAUAUCUACAUAAAUUACUACUAAUGAAAAGCCCCAGCCCUUAACAAAGAAAUAGAAAUAUAAACUACACUCUCUACACAUAACUGUAAUGUAUAAGAAGAUUUUAACAUGUCUGCAACCAUAAAAGGCAUAAAAUGUGCAUCCGCCGCAAAGACAAUGCCCAACCAACAUCGAGAGAAAACACCGCAACCAGAACGGAAAAGCCACCAUAAACCCAAGAUCAUCACACCUGAUUUAUCAGACAUCACACUGAACUCAUCGGAAUCAGAAUUGGUUGCGAAACCAAACAAAAUCAAAAGUGGACUAACAUUGAAGAAAGUUUACAAUGUCGAAGCCCUAGAAAUUGACAGACCCAAUAGUGCGAAGAAGCUGAAAAAAGACAAAUCGAAAAUCAAUGACAGCAAGAUCCAAAAAAAGAGUGAGUUGCUUAAUCGAGAUAGAGAAAAAUUAAAAAAUAAAAGCCAAGAAAAGGCUCUGCAAAAGAAAAAUCAAUACAAAUUGACUAAAAAGAAAAGUAAAGAAAAAGUCAUAAAAUUGAAAAAAAAUGAUUCAGACAAAUCUACUGUUAGUUUAAAACGCGGAAAAGAUUCAACUAAAGCAUUAACUUGUGACCAUGAGGAAUAUGUUGAAAAUCGUCUUAGCUAUAAAAUCUGGCAUAUAAUGAAUCGCGACAGUAAAUUCGAUAGAAUGCAUGCAUCAGACUCUGAAACGAAAAAGCACAUUAUAUCUGUAAUAAAGAAGUAUAACGCGAAGGAAUUGAAACACUUUAAUCGGCCAAGGGAGACUCAGACUAGCCAGGAAAGUUUCAGCAGCGGCAACAAAAGUAAUGCAAUCAAACGAAGAGUACGGAAACAGCUAUGGUACUUGGCUAAAAACGCUAUAAAAAAUAAUGCGCACUGGAGUACAUUUUUAGCUGAAAACAAUAUAAUUGUGGACAACAUUAAUAUCGACAAGUUUGAUCUUAGCCUCAUUGAUAUCGAUGCACUGGGCAUUGAAAAUAAACUGCUUAAACGUACAAUUGUUUGGCUAUUUAAAAAAGGAACACAAAAGACAGAAAUUGUUAAGGAAAAGAAAAUUGGUUGGUUCAGAAAAUUAUUUAAAAAGAAGGUGGUUAGUCCUGAGAAUAACGUGAAGCAAAAGAAAAAAGCGCAUGGAACAUCUGUUAUAACUCUUUUUAGAAAUAAAAUACAGAAAUCAAAAUUAGUUGUUAAGGAUAUAGAAUUAAUUGAAGGAGUCGACACGAAUGAUUUAAAAAGGAAGUACUCCAUACAUGGUACUAGGGGUAAACUGCUUGAAGGAAUGGUUGCAGAUUAUAAGCAAGGAAGAAUUUCUUUACCAGGGCUAUCACACAAAUCCAAAUUUCAUGAUAAACCUCUCAAUAAAGCGCGAUUAAACCAAAUGCUCAAUGAAUACGAAAGAACAAAGAAGCAAAAAACCCUUGCAGAAGUUCAAAAUAAUGUUAAAGUAUUGAAAAAGAAGUUUUCGAUGUCUGCAGCUCAGGCAAAGAAGUUAGAUAAAGUAGUUCAAGACUUAGGCAAACAAAAAGUUUCCAAACUGGAAAUAGCCAACGAACUACUAGAUCCUAAUAAGCUUACAAAAGAACGUGUCAAUAAAUUUAUAAAGCAAUACGAAGAAGCUCAAAAGAAGAAAAGAGGAGUCUCUUACAUGAUAACGCAAAGUAAACUAUUGUUAAUGCUGUCAAAACAAAAAAUCCACAAUUUGAUGGAAGACCAAGGGUUUCUGAAGAAAUAUAUGUAACAUUAAAAUUUGCUGUGUUUCAUGUUUGUAAUAAAUAAUUCAAUUGCAAUUUGUUAA